GUCCCAAUUACACGCAUACGCCAUUCAUCAAUAAUCCGAGAAACCGAAGCCAAAAUGGAGGAUCUACGGGAGAUGCAGAGGACGGAGCAGGAGCAGGAGCCGGAGCCGGAGCAGGAGCAGGAGAGCCGGAGCGGGCCGCCGCACAUGACGCCCCUGAAGCCGCUGACCCACGACGCUUACGGCGGCGGGAUGUACGGCACGGACGAUCGACAGGGCCAGCAGCAGCAGGAGCGGCCGCCGGCCAGCGACACGCAGAGCGCCGACGGGCCGGUCGGGCCGCCGGUCCAGCCCAAGCACAGGCCGCCCCCCUCGACCGGGGACCGGGACCUCGACAUCACCGGCCAGUCUUACAUUCAGUAAUUCCGAUUUGGUCGCAGAGAUUUCCGGUUCCUUAUGAAUGUUUCGCUUGGUCUUGCAUUUUUUGGGUCAGGGACUCCUAAGCAUGUACAACUUUUUCAUGAGUUUCUUAUAUGAUUUUAUUUUUAUUU